AGUAGUAGUGAAUGUUUGUUUGUUAUUCGUGUCAGCUGCCUUCGAUUCACAUGACUACACUAUGUUAACUAGUCGGAUUUUUUUUAAAUAGAACAUAAACAGACACAAUUAAAUACACUGGAUAUCGCAUUUAAAUCAUAGGUUACGUUUGUGCUCCGCCAGUUUGCUUAAAUUUUGGAGGAACAUAUUACUGCUAGUUUAGCAAUUAGCUUCCGGUGAGCCGCUAGCUAAAGUAAAGGGGAUUACAAUGAUAUUUUACUCAUGAAGAUCGUCUUUAGAGUUUGUAAACAUGGACAGGAUCAUUAAAGAUGUUGGCGAUAUCCAGUCUCGACUGUUUGACCACAGGCCCAUUGUCAAUGCAGAGAUCCGCUACUUUGUCAGAGAGUUUGAGGAGAAAAGAGGACACAGGGAGAGCCGACUGCUGGAGAACCUCCAUAAAAUGGUGCAAGAAACAAAUGAGCAAACGCUUCCUGCAGAUUUGGAAGGUAUAAAGCAGCAGCUGUCUAACGUCAUUGGCCGAUUAGAGGCUGCUAAUCACAUGGCAGAAAGAGUCCAGCAGAGGGAGCUAGAAGCACAGAAGAGCAGCCAGCUGCAGGAAAACAUGGAGCGUAUGAAAGAUGAGUGGGCAGACUUCCUGAAAGAGCAGCUGAGGCUGAAGGAAGAGGUGGAUGAAGAACAUGCCAAGGCUGUGGGACAAGUCAGCAUUCAGUACAGUGAAAAAAAGAAGGAUCUGGAUAAGUUAUUAUUGGAUAAUUAGCAAUGCCAAGUGAUAAACACAAAUCUUAACGGCCAGCUUUGCAUAAUAUAAAUAGUGCCACGAUUCUCAGAAAAACAAAUCACCUCAUCUACCGUUGAGAUAUUUUUAAAACGUUGGCCCAAAAAAAAAAGUUCAAAAGAGCUAUCAGUUGUAUUUAUAUUUAGUUAUUAAUUAGAGCAGUCAUUCAGAAGAAAAUCUAUAAAAUCUGCGGGGAAAAAAAUCUGACUUUUUGACGAAAUAAUUGAGGUACAUUGCAGUAAAUCCUGAUUGAAUUGAUGAAAGUGUAAUUCACCAACGUCGCCACUAGGUAGUGCAAGUACAUUGCGGUUAGACUACCGCUAAACAAUAAUAAAGAUGUAUGUGGGGAUAUUAUGUGGUCAUCGACUUGUACAACACACUUAUUUGUAGUAUUACAAUACAUGUUUAUGUACAACACAGACAUAUGGACGGUUUUGUGCUUUGUCUUCUAGAAGUUUCCAUGUUUUAUACUGGAAGUGUUUGGUCUGCAGCAGGCCUCCAUCAAAGGAAUUAGAAUAAAGCUGCUCAGGUGCAAGCUUUUUUUUUUCCAUUUGGCUCAUGUCUCCUUAAGCUCUCAUGCAAGGUCACGCUUCAUUUCCUUGGCCUGUGUGUGUCGUGUGCAUGUGGUCACGUGUGUCAAAGUAAGAGUCAGUGGUGGCGGGACGUGGUGGUCGCUAUGUCAAGAGAUCAGAGAGGGCACAGCCACGCCAGCAAAUGUUCACAGGAAAAGGGCCAGCGUCAAUUUGCCCUGUGCGCACUUUACUGAGGCGUGCGUGUGCUGGUGACGCGCUGCAGCUGUCCAACGUGGAGACAGCUCAUCAUGGCCUAAUAAGCAGUGACAAGACGGAAACAUGGUCGGCCUCUGCCAGCAAAGGCGCCUUUUUCAUCUGCCCUUGUUUAUUUUUUGGUUUGACUGGGAAGCAAGAAAAACAGAGCCUGUGAAAGGUCACAUCCAGAAGUGGGGAGAGACGAGGGCGGGGCCUCUUCUCAGGACUGACGUGACAAUGUUCACCACUCUAAGCUCUUCUAAUGAUUUUGGACUCCAGCUGGAUGGUGGCACAUAAAGACUACCUAACCAGCUAACCACACUUAACUACAUAUGUGUACCUUCAUACCCACCCAUUUGCCUACCUACCUACCCUCCUAUAUGUAUGUAUACAUACCCAUCUACCGUAUCUACUACCUACCAAGGUAUCUGCCUCCAGCAUGCACACUUGCACAGAGAUGCCGUCAGUCAAAACACUCAUUGUUAAGAAGCGAGCACUGUGUUCUUGUUCCUGUUUUCAGGGGCUCUCAUGCCAUAGCGCUGCGGUGGCCAGCGCCAACAUAAAUGCUAAAUAAAGGAAAGCCUGCAGCAAAGUCUGGAGCCCCAUUAGUCUCAAGGCCAUAAGAGAUAAGGGGACUGUAACAAACAGCAUGUGUGAUGUUUGAAACACCUGAAACAAUGCCUUAUCAUUUAAAACAACUGUUAUGUAUCAGCUUUGUCACGCAAUAACCGUGUUUUCACCCUUCUCUGACCCUGAUGAACUUUGGGAACCACCAACAAACCCCAUCAGUGUGCAUUUCCCAAUAUCCUGUAUCCUUCUUUACAGCUGCAAUUAUAGCAAACUAAUAAAACACCAGCGUUGUUAGGUUGGAACUUCCUUGAAGAAACAAAUAAAAUCCCAAGGACGGCUAAAGUUUCAACCAAACUUUGCAUUUUCUCCAAAGCCUACGUGAUCACCUUUCACUGGGGUCGACAGAUGAGAAAAAGCAGGUCUUCGGGACACAAUUUGAGUGCAGGAACAAUGGGAUGUAAGCUAUUCAUUCACCACAGCUUUCCUGGCAGCUUAUGAGAAUUCUCAACCUCUUUUUUUCCCCUAUUGUGCUACAAGCUGGGCCCCUGUUACUCAAUUACGGAGGGUCCCAAAUGAAAAUGCCAGUGAACAAAAGCACUGCACUUCCAAGUUAAUAAGCCAGCAUAACAACACUCCAGGGAGGCAGUGAUGCUUCCUGGGCGCAUGGUAAUGCAGGUGCUGAUAUGAAUUCUUUGGCUAUAGAGAAUGUGCUCCCCCCUCUCCAAGCUGCAGUAAAACUAAUUAAGAAACUGAUAUUUCUCAUGGGGAAAUUUAGCAGGCACGCUGGACAAUCUCCGCUUAGAAAAUGAGCACUGGGUGGCACAUAAAAGCCAUCAUUGCCAAGAAAUGGGGCUGAAAUUAAAUGGACCACUUUUUGCUAUAAAUGGCCUAAUGGUGAAAACUGACACGUGAACGUGUUACUUUUUUUUCCCCCCUGUACCUUCCACUAAGGAUGUUGGUUUCAUCGCUUGUAGAGGAACAACAAAGAAAGCAUUACUUAAGAAAAAAUACAUUAAAUUGUUUCAUUUGUUGUAUUUUUUUCGAUUAACUUAAUACUUUAGGUUUGCAUUGCAUUUGAUCAUGUAAUAUAUUUGUGUAAUAUAAUUGUGUGCGACAAGUUGACACAUUUUUAUUUUAAAUUUUAAUUUUUUUUAGUAUGCAGUCCAAGUAAGCCAUCAAAUCUUUGAUGUGGAUCUGGAUAAAGAUCCAUAAUUAUUUUUUUACCCCACUUUUGUUCAUCACUUUAAAACAUUAUUUAUUUUUAUUUUAUUUCAUUUGUAUUUAAUUUGAUUUCAUCUGUUAUUUACCUUAUUUUUAAUGAUAUUUAAAAAAGUGUUUGCCGCCUUCCUGGUUUCUUAUUUUCUGCAUGAUUGUCACACUUACAUGUUUCAGAUCAUCAAACAAAUGUAAAUAUUAGUUA